ACAAGUUUCCAUUCAUAUGGGUGGGCGACAGCUGAUUUUUCACGUACGAUACUUGGAGGAUUGGUCUACGUUUAAUAUAGAGAUAAAAGCUUCGCAUAUUAAACAAUCAUGGAGUUCAGGGUUCCUAAGUUAACUUUGCCAGAUAUGCGGCAAUUUACGUCGGACGCAACCACUAUGUUUACACGGGCAAAACAGUUUACAGAAGAAAAGCUUGGCAAUGCAGAGAAGACCGAGUAUGACGCUAACUUUGAAAAUCUACAAAUGAGAUACGACAAAACAAAACAUUGGACUGAAAAAUUAAAAUCCCAGACUGAAGCUUCGUUGCAGCCAAACCCAAACACACGAAUGGAAGAUUUUGUUUACUUGAAACUUGACAGGAAGCCACCAGAUCGUGUAAAUAACACAGAACAACUUGGACUCACCAUGAUAGAGGCUGGUAAUGACUUUGGACCAGGCACAGCUUAUGGUGGUGCGUUGGUAAAAUGUGGUGAAGCACAGAUGAAACUCGGUCAAGCGCAGCAAACAUUUAUCCAGACAACUUUACAAAACUUCCUUCAACCUUUGUCCAACUUCCUUGAAGGAGAUUGUAAAACAAUUCAGAAAGAAAGAAAGACCUUGGAGAAGAAGAGACUUGAUUUGGAUGCGAGCAAAGCGAAAGUGCGACGAGCCAAGACCUUGGAAGCUCGACAAGUAUCUGAAAGUGAGCUGCGAAUUACACAAACCGAUUUUGACCGACAACAGGAAAUAACUCGACUUUUGUUAGAAGGUGUUAGCAGCACACAGGCUCACCAUUCCCGCAGUUUAAAUGAAUUUGUUGAUGCUCAAACUGAGUAUUAUGCAAAGUGCUACCAAUGUAUGAAGGACCUACAAGCUCAACUAAGAACUUGUGAACCUUCACCUUCCCUUGGUUUAUAUAAUCGUUCCAACUCAACCAAGUCAACUGUGCAAGUUGGUAACAUAACGGGCGCUCACAAUAAUGAAUAUACACCACUGUCGGCCAGCAAGCAAGCACGUGUGUUGUACGAUUACGACGCAACUGAUUCAACAGAGUUGUCAUUGCUUGCAGAUGAGAUCAUCUACGUACAUACUGCACCUGGCUUAAGCAAAGAUUGGAUGAUGGGUCAGCGAGGAACAACAAAAGGAAAAGUUCCAGCUUCGUAUAUUAGUUUGUUGGACUGAUUGAAAUCAAACCAUGUCUGUUGUUAAGAAUAUAAACAGCAGGUUAUGAAAGCAACAUUUGAAUAAUGUAGAUGUUGCAUGAGACUAUUUGCUGUGGUACAGCAUGUAUACAAUGGACUGCAAAAGAAUAUCCUAUUUACAUGUUAAUUUAUUUAAAUUAAACCACUGGGUUAAAACUUGAAUAUGUUGGUGUUUAGUUUAAGGACCAGUUUUUCUGCAGUAAAAGCUGUUUAGAUCACAAGUUCAAAGCUUUAUGACGCUGUGUAUAGACAUGCCUCUUCAUUGUUUUAGGUGAAACUUUGGUAGUUUAAAUGCAGGUUCAAAGGUGAAAAGAAAUUUCAACAUAUUGUCUGAAUGCGAUAGUUCGCUUGAAGUUCGCUUUUUCCUCGUUAUUAUUACGUAACAAUGUCGUCCCAGAUGCACUGUGACGUCACUGUUCCAUUUUCCCCGUUCUUUAAUUCGAACGUCAAAUUUCAAACGAUCAAACUAAAAAGAAGCUUUUUGCUGAUUUUCUUCUAUGUAUUAUUCAUAUUACGUUUCAACUCAAUACAAAAUUGUUUGUUUUAUUUAUUACUCGUCUGUACAUUCUAUAAUAUAAAGAUACUGGGUCAUAACUAAUUUAUCGGAUUAAAUACAGUACAGAUCUGGAGUUUAUUCCCGAUUUAAUAAUUUAAUAAAUUUGCUUUUGCGCUUAAAACUACAAAAAAAAUUGCUGCUUUUUUUUCUGAAAAAUACAUUUUUUUCAAAUAGACAACACCAUGUAAGUUACAUGUAUCUUUAUAUCUCUCCCAUACAUUGCCACUUAUCGUUGUCCACAUGGACAACCAGUCAUGACGUAGCUAUAGUUAGUAGCCUACACUGCUUUAUCAUCUGUCGUUUGAAUAAAACUUGUGAAUUAAAA